UCCAUUGGAAAGCCCUAUCCAAACCAAAUGCUGUUACGCAGGCCGUUAAAACUGUAGAUAAUUCCCGCGGUUGCGCAUCCCAGUUUUCUCCCGCCAUCGCCGUUUGUAACUUAGAUUCAGAAAGGGGGGAAAUUUCAGCAUCUAUUGAUGAUAACAAUGGCUUCUCGAUUAUUCUCAACGCCUUCAGUUAGUUUCUGGGAGUAUAAUUCUUUUCGGGUUUUGACAAAAAAUUGUGUUAGCAGUACAGUAAGAAUCGGAGGAUUAUCGUCUGCUCCGACCUUGAAUUCUCGGAUCGCAUGCGCUCGGAGAAAUGUACGUCGACGGUCCUCGAUUUCCGGCGCGGAGAGCAGUGGGGAAGAAGAUUCAGAUGAUUCAAUUGAAGCCCUUAGGGUUCCAAUCCAUUGGUUGGAACCUUCUAAAGCCUUAGAGGAGUCGGAAUGGCUGAGAGUUGCUCUCAAGAAGUGGUUGGAUGAUGAAUACUGUCCUGAGGACACCAAUGUGGAAAUUAGCAAGGUUGCUUCAAGUUCAUUUUAUAGAUCAUUAAUGGAGAAACAGAUUGACAUUGGUGAGAUAUUGUUAACUAUGGCUAGAGAUUUGGAAUCUAUAUCCUAUCAAGAAAGCUUUCACGGAGCAUUUUCAUCAGCAAAUGCAGCAGUAAAUCUCAUACUCCAACGAGUGGAGCAGGAGUAGUUGCUUUAUUGCAAUUUAAGCCUGAAGUAUCAUUGCUUGGCCACAUGGCUUGAUUUGUGAGUUGUCCAUGAUUCACAAAUCACAAUUUUUGAAACGUGCCUAUUAUUGCCCAGGAGAUGGGAAGUGAGAGCCAUGAAUAGUUGCAUGUAGGCCAUGCAGAAACUGUUACAUCAAGACAGACUAAGCUCCCAUGGUCCUGCAUCAGAAACUCGGCACUAUGAUUCAUGGGUUGAUAUAGAUGAACCUGACCUAGUUUUGCAUUUGUAUUAAUAUUCCAAUCUUCUCUUUUUUCCGAAAGGAUAGGACUAUAGGAGCCAUCAUUUUUUACUCUACAUAUUGAUUUCCUUGGGAUUUAUCAUGACUCCUUGCCACCUCUUUUACUUUGAGGAUGAAUGGGGAGUGUUUCUGGUAUGAA